GCGGAAGCUUUGCUUUACGACUAUUAGGUUGAACGCGCUGGCCCGGCGUUUGCUGCCUGCUGUUUCUGUGAUCCACACGUGGGCUGCUGUCGGUCUUCCGGCCGGUAAUUCAUUCCUUUUGGUGUGGGCCAGCCACAUUGAAGGACACAGUGGCAGCGGAGGUCAACGAUCGUGAGCUGAUGAAUUUUGCUGGUGAAAAUGAAGAGACGUCGGGAGGAGGUCUCCAGAGUGGAGCUGAGGGGGCGCGGCAAAGUCUCGAGACAGGUAGCGGGAGAGUCAGGGGGGUAGCAGGGACGGAGGAGGCCGGCGGCCGAGACGCGGGGAAUGGACUGACUGGAAUGGAGAAGACAGGGGAAGGAGAAGAAGGAAGUGGACUUAGGGCAGAGGAAAUGCGAGUGAACCUAACGGUUGUGAAGCAAGAAGUAAUGGACUGGUCAGAAAUGGAAGCAGGUAUGCCGAAUGACCUUCAGUGGGUAAAGCGGGAGGUAAAGGAUGAGUCCGAGGUGAAAGAGGAAAAACCUGGCGCAUUGGAGGUGAAGCAGGAGAUGGAUAGUAGUUUGAUGGUAAAAGAAGAGACUGUGGAAGAACCAGAGGUAAAGGAAGAGAAAGUGAAGGUGAAAGAAGAAGUAAUGUAUUGGCUAGAAGUAAAGGAAGAGAAGAAAGAUAACUUGGAGAUUAAACAGGAGGAGAUGUUUAUUGAUCAGAACAUUAAAAAGGAGGAAAUAAUGGAUGAAAUGAAUGUAAAAGAAGAGAAGUAUUUACCCAAAGAAGAAGUGAUGGAUGAUACAAAGGUGAAAGAUGAGUCUCAGAUAAAUCCCCCAGUAGGCUCCAAGCGGAAACUGGCCAUGUCAAGAUGUGAAACUUGUGGAACAGAAGAAGCAAAGUACAGAUGUCCACGUUGUAUGCGAUAUUCCUGCAGUUUGCCCUGUGUAAAGAAACACAAAGCAGAACUGACUUGUAAUGGAGUUCGAGAUAAAACUGCGUAUGUUUCAAUACAAGAAUUUACCGAAAUGAAUCUCCUAAGUGAUUAUCGAUUCUUGGAAGAUGUGGCAAGAACAGCAGACCAUAUUUCUAGAGACGCUUUCUUGAGAAGACCAAUAAGCAAUAAACAUAUGUACUUUAUGAAAAAUCGUGCUCGAAAGCAAGGCAUUAACUUAAAGCUGCUACCCAAUGGAUUCACCAAAAGGAAAGAAAAUUCAACAUUUUUUGAUAAGAAAAAACGACAGUUUUGUUGGCAUGUAAAGCUCCAGUUUCCUCAGAGUCAAGCUGUGUACAUAGAAAAAAGAGUACCAGAUGAUAAAACUAUUAAUGAGAUCCUAAGACCUUACAUUGAUCCUGAAAAGUCUGAUCCUGUAAUUCGUCAAAGGUUGAAAGCCUACGUUCGCUCUCAGACUGGGGUCCAAAUUUUAAUGAAGGUUGAACAUAUGCAGCAAAACUUAGUAAGAUACUAUGAACUGGAUCCUGACAAAAGUCUCCUUGACAAUUUGAAGAACAAAGUGAUCAUUGAAUACCCAACAUUACAUGUGGUAUUAAAAGAAUACAGUAAUGACAUGAAAAUUCUUCACCAAGGAAUGCACAUUGCAGUGAGUCUUCCUGUCACGGAGCAGAAAGAGAAGGCUACUUUUGUAGUGUACUUGGAAGCCUCUGAAGUAAAAUUUGCUGUUUUUUGUGAAAAGUGAAUCUGCUAAGAACACAGGCAGCGAAAACUGAGCACUUCUUUUGGAGCAAGAACGUGGAAAUUCCCAGACACUUUCGGAGGACCGGCCGUAUUGAUGAUGUGAGGGUGUUGUCACUUGGUGGAUGGAAUGUUUUGUUUCUCUGAAAAGUAAUUAAACAAAGUGAAAAGAUUUUUCAGUCUGUUUUCUAGCCUCUUGAAUUCACUUGUCAGGCUUGGGCUUUAAUAUGCUUCAUGCUGUAGGCGGAAAACUUUUCUAUUUGCUGGUUAGAUGCAGGACCAAACCCAGGCAUAACCUGUGUCAGCCACAAAGUCAGCAUUCCCUGCUGCGGAGCCCCCCGGACAGACAGGCCGUGGGCGUGCCCUGCAGCCUCAGGGGGGCUGACCCCUGCGUUGCCCAUUCUUGCCUCUGGGAUUCACAUGUAACAACCUCUUGAGAUGACUUGAAAUGGGUCUUUUUCACUUGGGUAGCACCCAGUACGAUGUCCUGUGUAAAGGGUUGUCUAAAUACUGUGAACCACCAUUUCUUAUAUUCACUUCAGAAGAUCAGUGUGGCUCGGCGGUGUUGUUGGAACCGUCAGGGCUCACAGAUUUGACUCCACUUGUCCACACGGUGAGCUGCGUCUUACCGCGAGUUCUGCACCUUUCAUCCCAUUCUCACUCCGCUCUUGCCGUCACCACACAGGGGCGUCGUGAGGAGCCGUUUUCUGCUGUGUUUUGGAACGUCUAGCAAUAACUACAGAGAAAACACCAGGAACUCCUCAAAGUGGCAUUGGAAUGCGUAUGUGUAUUUAUGUAUAAACAUGGCUUAAUUUAUACCUUAUGGCAGCUCUGUGUGCAUUAUGAUCUCACAUAUUAACGUUUCCUAGUUUUAUUGGAAUUUAUACAAUUAUAAAAUUGCAAUAUGACUCUAAAUGAUUAAAAGAUGAUUACAUCUGUA